GAGUCUAAUCAAGUUCUACAUAGAUGAUGAAAUUGUUGCAACGGACAGAAAAAAGAAGUCUGAUAUGGAUCUGAUCAAGAUCAUACAAUGCUAUGACUCCAAGCAACAACGGUUCAAAUUCGGAGAUCAUGAGCCAAAAGCAAUAACAAGUGAAGACGUCGUUCAAAUAUUUGGAUUGAACAACCAAGGGGUUGAACUACCAAACACAGACAAAUCCACAAAGAACAUGAAGGACAGCUUUGUCAAAACAUACUUUGCAAAGCAAAAAAUAGUGAAAAAAAAGGACAUUGUUGAAGCAUACCAAAAAUCAGUCCAAGACAAAACUCCUGAAGGGGCAAAAGCUACUGCUUCAAUUAUAUGUGUGCAUCUGCUACAAUCACUGUUAUUUGCAACAUCUGGAACUUACAUAGCGUGGAGCUUCAUAACAAUUUGUGGAGCUUUGGACCAAAUCAGCAAAUACAACUGGGCAAAAGGAGUGAGGGACUACUUGUUCAAGAGGAUUAACAAAUCAAAGAAAAAAAGGAAAAAUGGAGAAGAAUCAGCAAUAACAAGCGGAUGCACUACCCUUAUUUUGUAUUGGAUUUGUCUUCACACCAAUCUGGUGGAGACAAUAAGUGGGCUAGAAAACAUGAUUCCUGUCAUUGGAAGAUGGGACAUAACGAAAAUCCACAAAGCAAUCAGAGACAUUCGAGUUGAAGAAAUUGAGAUUGGUGGAGGUAUUCCUUGUUCUGAAGAACCAAUAAGGGAGCAUUCCAACAUCAAUCAAGAAGAAUGUAAUGCCAUUCCUUAUCCUCAACAAAAUAAUGAGUCUUCCAAGAAAAAGGAAAAGAAGACACCGGGAAGGAAAAGGAAGAGAACUGAAGUUGGAGCUGAAGAAGAUCAAAGCAUCACCAUCAAUGAAGCUCAGUUACAGUUUGAUCAACUGUACCAAGAAGAAUUCAUGAAAUUUGAUGCAAGUUAUCAAAAGGACUUCUUCGGGAUUGAUAAUACAUUAGGUGUGGAAGAUUUUGAAAAGUUUAAAAGAUGUGCGAGCAUGGAUCAAAAGAGGUAUCUAGUCCUCAGUCACAUGAUGAUAUAUGCACUCGACAACCUACACACAAAUUCAAUUGUAAUGAAUGAAACAACUGGAGCCCUUAACAGAAACAUUGAAAAGCUUCUGCAAGAACGACUUGAGGACAAGCAGAAGAUUAGUUUAAUGAACACAGAAAUGAUACAGUUGCAAUUAAAUAACACAGCAGCUUCUAUGAAAGUAAAUAAAUUUCUGGAUGAAAUUGGAAGUUUGAAGAAGAAGCUACUGGAAAAUCAAGGUGAGGAUCCAGAUAAUGAUGAUCAAGUUGAAGAGCAUACACAUGAUAAGGAUACUGCUACUGAGGAUCCAGUUCAAGAGAAUGCAACUGAAAAUGAUGUGGCUAUGGAGGAUCCAAAACAAAGGCAUGCAAUUGAUCAUGGUCCAGAUGAAAAUGAGGAGGAUCAAGCUGAGGAGGAUCAAGAUCAUGAAGGAAAAGACGCUGCCACUGAAAAAGCAACCUCUGGAGAUCAACCAGGUGUUCAAAUGCAGACUCCAACUAUCAAGGAUGCUGAAAAGCAAGAAAAAGAGACUGCCAAAAAGAAGACGAGAACACUGGUAAAAAAUAUUCGAAUGAGGGAUGAUCGUAAACCAAAUGUCUAUCCACAUUAUGAUUAUAUCCCCAUCCAGAAAAAACAAAAGAAGGCAAAAUACAUAUAUGCUGUGAGUGACAGUGAAAGCCCUUCAAUUUUGCCGUCAGAAAGCCAACCAUUGGAUCUAAUAAUUGAGAAAGGAAAGGAGGAGCCCAAGGUUGAAUCACCCUUGAAUCCAAUUGCUAAAGAAAUAGCAAACAAACCUGCAAAGAAGGAUGCAAAGAAACCUGUAAAGCGAAAGCUUGACAAACGGUAUCAUCUACCUGCAUCAACAAGGGCGUACAAGUUACUUGCAGAUGAGACAAAAGAAAAAUUCAAGGAAUAUUACAGACAAGAGAAAAUGGACUACUUCUGGAUGCAGCCAAGGCAAGGGUCCAUUGUGAAUGACCUUGUUGUCCUAAAAUCAGAUCUGACAUCAUUGUUUGUGGAUGGAGCAAUCGAUGCCAACAUAAUUGAUGCUUCGUUCUACACAAUGGCAGAAAACGAAUAAAAAAUGAGGCAACAAAAAAAUAUGUAUCUUCCUUCAUUCAUAUUUAAUGAUAUGGAGAUUGAGAAAAGCAAGAGUGAUCAGGAGCAUAUUGACAAAACAUUGCAGACAGUCUUGCAAGAUAAUGUGGAUAAAGUAGCAAAGGUCUUCAUAUUGAUCAGGCAUUACUUUCACUUCAGCUUGGUAGUUUGGGACAUUAAAAAUGGAAAAAUGACAAACUACAAUUCCAAACUACCAAGGGUACAUGGGAAUACAGACCUAUACUUUGAUCAUGUUGUUCAAGUGAGAGACAAAAUUGAAGGAUUUUACAAAUAUUUCAAAGGAGACAGCAAUCUCACAAUAGAUAUUGAAAGAUGCUUAACUUGCGCCCAACAAAAGGAGGACUCAUUGGAUUGUGGCAUAUUUGUCCUUCAAUUUGCAACCCAAGUGCAAGAGGGCAAACCGGUAGAAGCCACAUUUGAGAAGGAAAAUGUAUUUGCUAAAAGAGCUCAAAUUGCAACUACACUUGUGAAUCAUAAGAAUAGUUAUGCAAAUGGACUGAAGAAGAUACUUGAAGACAGAAGACAACAAAAUAAACAUGGUCAAUAUGAUGACAUUCCAGAUGAGGAUUUUAUUACAUUAGCUUGAGUUUUACAAAUUACAUUUUAUAUCAAUGUACAUCUACAUACAAAACCCCGAGCUCAGGUGGGCUUGUAUGCUGGUGCCCAUCCCAUA